GACCGCAACACAUCUGUCUUCUCUCGGAACUCGUGCAAGCUUCCCUUUUCAUCCUUUGACAUUGAGCUACUUUAAUUGAGAAGACUUCCUAAGAAAGAAAACUGUGCUGACCUGAUCGAAGAUAUAUCACACCAAUGUAACGAAAGGAUGUAGAAGAUGACACAGAGGCAGCCUUUCUGGGAUGAUGGUUCAGGUUCUAACCAUUUUCAAGAAGAGCUAAUAAGUGUGUGUGAUGAGAUAUCAGAACUGGAUAAAAUUUGGUUACCUUAUGAUAUUGACACAGCGGUUCGAGAAAUUAAUAGCAGCGUAGCUCACUCGAAGACCUGUGCUGUACAAUUAAGAAAUUUAGAUAGUCGUGGUGUCCUUAGGGACGUUCUAAAAUCAGUAAUAACAAAUACAAAAACAUUUGCGGAGCACUACCCAUCACAAAAAACAGAAAAAGAGACUGAAGACCCUGCACAGUUCUCAAGGACAGACACAGGAAUUUGUACAUCCACGGAAACCAAUCCCCAAAUAAUUGUGUCGGAUAUUCUAAAUACAAAAUACUCGAAUCACAAAGAGAGCACAUGGGUUUCUAGGCAAAACGAAGUGUCCAAACGCCCAAAGAAACACAUCAUACAUGUACUGGAUGAUUGGGUUUCUAGUAAACGGUUGCCAAAAAGGGGAGACUCUUUAAAUUGUACAAAAAAGAGGCGAUGUGGGAACACAAGUUCUUCAGAAGUCGCCGUAGUUUGCAGGAAUGGCAAUGUGGGUCGCAAUAAACGCCCUCUCUCCACAGGGACGAGUCGUGACUUUUCAAACUCGAAUCAUUCCAGGCAAAUGAAUCGCAAAGAGCAGACGGGGCAGCUAUCGGCUGAAAUACAGUCGCAGACACAAGCAAGAGGUCACACCACGACUUUUAUGACUUUCUGUGCAGCGGAAGGUCUUCCAUUGCCAUUUCAGUCAGUGCGACAGGACGUGCAUGAUACUGCUCAUGCAUUUGUGAUAACAAGUCUACACAGAGCAGAGGGAUUCCAGGCUCAACGCGAGAGCACAGUGCCGAGCAACGAUUUUACAGUGAAACGUUUUAGGGAAGGCCUCCUUUUUACCCCAGCUUGGAAAAAGAGUAACACGUUAAAAGUUACUUCCGGAAAAUCUACCACGCCAACAGCGCGUAAUAAUACCGUGCCGCUCAACUCGGAAAAGAAAAGCACAAAACGAACACGUGCGAUGGCGAGUCACACAAAGAGGAGAAAAACACCGGCGAAGGAUUCGUCUGAAAAUAAAACAAUAUCCACCACAGAGAUAUGGAAACAACGUUCAAAGACACGCUGUUCUGAUAAUACAUUUCCAGGACAAGAGAACAACAACUGGACAGAGAAAAGUUCAGCAGGCAACGUUGUUCACACAAAAACUGGUGUCCCGAGUCAUACCUUUGGGUCACAGUGCCGAUGCGGGCGGUGUGGUUGUAAGGGGCAACACAAACAUUGUCCAGGCAAAGGAGGAGUAGGAGGCGUGCAUACUCCGCGUCAGGGGUGGGGUUCAGAGUCUGGACGUGACUCGAGAAGCGGCCAUCAGCAAGAUGACUCCAAGAAGGAAAUAGAUGGUGAUUUGAGGGACGAAAGAGAAAAAGAGAGGAGGAGUGGUUAUUUAGAAAAAGGUGAAGGGGAUUAUGAGAAAGGAGGAUCAGACGAGUCGAGAAAGGGUACGAGUACUCCGAAAAAAAGCGAUGGCUGGGAUAGAGGGACACCAGAUGACGACGCAGAGAGAGAAAUAGAUGGACCAAGAGAAGAGUCGGAGGGACAAGGAAAGAAAAUCGGAGAUUCCGGUAGAGGAUGGAGAGAUCAUUCUGGGAAUGAUAACACGGAUGGGUAUAGAGGAGGAACAACAGACAAAGGAACCGAGAGCCGGGAUACCGGUAGCUCAUCCUGGCCGUCGGAGUACCGAGCUCGACAAAAAGCCAGAGAAGCCUUCAAAAUGGAGGCCUGGGAGAGAAGCAGACGAGAUGCCGAGCGGAGAGCGGCUAAACGAGGGAAAGAGGGGGCGAUUACGAGGGCUGAAAGUGACGGAUUGAGUACUGACGAGCAUAUGGAGAUCUGGCAGAGAGCAAGCCUAGAUGCAGCGAUUCGGGCCGAGAAGCUGAAGGAAAGCCAACGCAGAGGUAGAGAAGAGCACGAUGCCAGACAAAGGGAGAUACUAGAAGCCAGACGCGAAGCUUGGGAAAACGCAAGCGCUUUGGCAAGAGAGCGGGCGAAGCAGAAUAACGACGAGAGGAGAAAGGAGCGAGAUAAAGUCGCUGAAAGAGAAGCUUCAGAACGCCAAAGAGCGGAGACCGCAAAACAGAGUCAUAAUAAAGCUCUCGAGAGAACAAAAGCAUUCGAAGAGGAACGCUUGAGAAAGAAAUCUGAAUACGAAAGAGAACAGCAGCGACGGUAUGAAGCUAAGAUGAAACAAUGGGAGCUGGACGAGGAGAAAGCAGUGGACAGACGUCAGUGGCAGAAUGAGGAACUGCAAAAGAGGAAAGAGGAUGAAGAGAAAGAUACGCUCGCAGAAAGAUUAAAGAGGGAAGCAUCAGAAAGGAGACUAGUAGAGGCUUGGGAGAAGGGAAGGCGUCUAAUGGACGCGGAGAGGGAUUGGGAGGCAAAGGAAAUGUUGAGGAUGAGAGAGGAGGAGGAGGUCAGGAUCAGGGCAGCAGAUUCUUCCAUCAGGGAGGCAGCCGAGAGAGGCAGACUCGCGGCGGAGGAGUGGCAGGCAGAAGCUUUAGAGAGGGCGAAGAGGGACCUGGAGGAAAAGAGGAGGAGAGAGGCUGCAGAGUCGGCGAAACUUCUCGCUGAGCAAAGAAUUAUGCUACAGCUCCAGGAGCGGAUGCGGUUGGAGAGGGAGGAGAAAGCAAAAUUAGACGAGCAAGAAACGUUGAGAGAAGAAGCGGCGGAGAAGCGCAGGAGGGAAGCGGAUCAAAGAACCAGACUGCUCAGAGAGGAGUGGAUGAAAAGAGAGAUGGAGGAGAGGAAAAGACGUCAGGAGCAAGAAGAUUACCUGCGAAAGUUGGCGGAGAGUAGACGAGCAGAGGAGGAAGAGGCCAGACGACGGGCGAUCCUGGAGGAAGAGAGAAGACGAGAAGCAGAGCUGGAAGAAAUCCGUCGUCGGGAAGAGGAGCAGAAAAGAAGAAAUAGCGCCUCUGAAGAAGAAGAAAGGCUGAGGAGGGAAGCCGAGAAAGCACAGAGGGACGCGUUAAUUUCGGCGGCCAAAGAGGCGGAGAGGGACGCUCGGAGACGUGCGGAGGAGCGAGAGAGGAGAGAGUCAAUACUGGAGGAAGAAAAAGAAGCAGCGGGAAAGAGAUUCGGAGGGAAAGAUGCAGAGGAGGAAAAACGGAAGAAAACAGAAGAGGAGGAAAAGAGGAGGGAAGAAGAAGAACUGGCAGAAAUGAAGAGAAAAGAAGCUGAG